GAUAAUCAUUGCUCGUGGGGCGGCGGGAGCGGGGGUGGGCACCGCGUAGGGAGGGCGGCGGGGCGCGGGCAUAUAGGGGCGCGGCGCGGUGCCCUCCCGGCUCCCGCAGCAUGCUAGCCCGCGCCCCUCCUCGCCGCCCGCCGCGGCUGGUGCUGCUCCGUUUGCUGUUGCUGCAUCUGCUGCUGCUCGCCCUGCGCGCCCGCUGCCUGAGCGCUGAGCCGGGUCAGGGCGCGCAGACCUGGGCUCGCUUCGCGCGCGCUCCUGCCCCAGAGGCCGCUGGCCUCCUCCACGACACCUUCCCCGACGGUUUCCUCUGGGCGGUAGGCAGCGCCGCCUAUCAGACCGAGGGCGGCUGGCGACAGCACGGCAAAGGCGCGUCCAUCUGGGACACUUUCACCCAUCACUCUGGGGCGGCCCCGUCCGACUCCCCGAUCGUCGUGGCGCCGUCGGGUGCCCCGUCGCCUCCCCUGUCCUCCACUGGAGAUGUGGCCAGCGAUAGUUACAACAACGUCUACCGCGACACAGAGGGGCUGCGCGAACUGGGGGUCACCCACUACCGCUUCUCCAUAUCGUGGGCGCGGGUGCUCCCCAAUGGCACCGCGGGCACUCCCAACCGCGAGGGGCUGCGCUACUACCGGCGGCUGCUGGAGCGGCUGCGGGAGCUGGGCGUGCAGCCGGUGGUUACCCUGUACCAUUGGGACCUGCCACAGCGCCUGCAGGACACCUAUGGCGGAUGGGCCAAUCGCGCCCUGGCCGACCAUUUCAGGGAUUAUGCCGAGCUCUGCUUCCGCCACUUCGGUGGUCAGGUCAAGUACUGGAUCACCAUUGACAACCCCUACGUGGUGGCCUGGCACGGGUAUGCCACCGGGCGCCUGGCCCCGGGCGUGAGGGGCAGCUCCAGGCUCGGGUACCUGGUUGCCCACAACCUACUUUUGGCUCAUGCCAAAGUCUGGCAUCUCUACAACACCUCUUUCCGCCCCACACAGGGAGGCCGGGUGUCUAUCGCCUUAAGCUCCCAUUGGAUCAAUCCUCGAAGAAUGACUGACUAUAAUAUCAGAGAAUGCCAGAAGUCUCUUGACUUUGUGCUAGGCUGGUUUGCCAAACCCAUAUUUAUUGAUGGCGACUACCCAGAGAGUAUGAAGAACAACCUCUCGUCUCUUCUGCCUGAUUUUACUGAAUCUGAGAAGAGGCUCAUCAGAGGAACUGCUGACUUUUUUGCUCUCUCCUUCGGACCAACCUUGAGCUUUCAGCUAUUGGACCCUAACAUGAAGUUCCGCCAAUUGGAGUCUCCCAACCUGAGGCAGCUUCUGUCUUGGAUAGAUCUGGAAUAUAACCACCCUCCAAUAUUUAUUGUGGAAAAUGGCUGGUUUGUCUCGGGAACCACCAAAAGGGAUGAUGCCAAAUAUAUGUAUUAUCUCAAGAAGUUCAUAAUGGAAACCUUAAAAGCAAUCAGACUGGAUGGGGUCGACGUCAUUGGGUACACCGCGUGGUCGCUCAUGGACGGUUUCGAGUGGCAUAGGGGCUACAGCAUCCGGCGAGGACUCUUCUACGUUGACUUUCUGAGUCAGGACAAGGAGCUGUUGCCAAAGUCUUCGGCCUUGUUCUACCAAAAGCUGAUAGAGGACAAUGGCUUUCCUCCUUUACCUGAAAACCAGCCCCUUGAAGGGACAUUUCCCUGUGACUUUGCUUGGGGAGUUGUUGACAACUACGUUCAAGUGGACACUACUCUCUCUCAGUUUACUGACCCGAAUGUCUAUCUGUGGGAUGUGCAUCACAGUAAGAGGCUUAUUAAAGUAGACGGGGUUGUAGCCAAGAAGAGAAAACCUUACUGUGUUGAUUUCUCUGCCAUCCGGCCUCAGAUAACCUUACUUCGAGAAAUGCGGGUCACCCACUUUCGCUUCUCCCUGGACUGGGCCCUGAUCUUGCCUCUGGGUAACCAGACCCAAGUGAACCACACGGUUCUGCACUUCUACCGCUGCAUGAUCAGCGAGCUGGUGCACGCCAACAUCACUCCAGUGGUGGCCCUGUGGCAGCCAGCAGCCCCGCACCAAGGCCUGCCACAUGCCCUUGCAAAACAUGGGGCCUGGGAGAACCCGCACACUGCUCUGGCGUUUGCAGACUACGCAAACCUGUGUUUUAAAGAGUUGGGUCACUGGGUCAAUCUCUGGAUCACCAUGAACGAGCCAAACACACGGAACAUGACCUAUCGUGCCGGGCACCACCUCCUGAGAGCCCAUGCCUUGGCUUGGCAUCUGUACGAUGACAAGUUUAGGGCGGCUCAGAAAGGCAAAAUAUCCAUCGCCUUGCAGGCUGACUGGAUAGAACCGGCCUGCCCUUUCUCUCAAAAUGACAAAGAAGUGGCCGAGAGAGUUUUGGAAUUUGAUAUAGGCUGGCUGGCAGAGCCUAUUUUUGGUUCCGGAGAUUAUCCACGUGUGAUGAGGGACUGGCUGAACCAAAAAAACAAUUUUCUUUUGCCCUAUUUCACCGAAGAUGAAAAAAAGCUAGUCCGGGGUUCCUUUGACUUCCUGGCGGUGAGUCAUUACACCACCAUUCUGGUAGACUGGGAAAAGGAGGAUCCGAUGAAAUACAACGAUUACUUGGAGGUACAGGAGAUGACUGACAUCACAUGGCUCAACUCUCCCAGUCAGGUGGCAGUGGUGCCUUGGGGGCUGCGCAAAGUGCUCAACUGGCUAAGGUUCAAGUACGGAGACCUCCCGAUGUAUGUGACAGCCAAUGGAAUCGAUGAUGACCCCCACGCCGAGCAAGACUCACUGAGGAUCUAUUAUAUUAAGAAUUAUGUGAAUGAGGCUCUGAAAGCCUACGUGUUGGACGACAUCAACCUUUGUGGCUACUUUGCGUAUUCACUUAGUGAUCGCUCAGCUCCCAAGUCUGGCUUUUAUCGAUAUGCUGCGAAUCAGUUUGAGCCCAAACCAUCUAUGAAACAUUACAGGAAAAUUAUUGACAGCAAUGGCUUCCUGGGUUCUGGAACACUGGGAAGGUUUUGUCCAGAAGAAUACACUGUGUGCACCGAAUGUGGAUUUUUUCAAACCCGGAAGUCUUUGCUGGUCUUCAUCUCGUUUCUUGUUUUUACUUUUAUUAUUUCUCUUGCUCUCAUUUUUCACUACUCCAAGAAAGGCCAGAGAAGUUAUAAGUAAUGUGAACGUCUGCCUGGCCAUUCGCUUUGGGAUCAAGAUGUACACGCCGUCAGCCGUUUGCACCUCUCUGUGUUGUGAGCCGCAUUCCACACAUUUCGAUUCUAGAAAACCCUUUUUGUCAUGGGUGGUAGAGGUUUUAAACAGGAAUUGGUGAGAAUAAAAUAUUGCAGGGUGAAUGGUAUCUGAAUCUGCUCUCUUUGGUGGCAAUUACGGAAUUAUACUCACCACAGUUUCUACAGUGCCCCGGAAUGGAAGGCAUAGAAUACGGUAGGGAUAACAGUGCCAAGCAGACAGAAGUUUAAAGAACAACUUUAGGGACUUGUUUAUCCAUGGCCAUUUUUAAAUUCACUCCUGUUGGGGAGUAACACUCUCUCAAUUACCAUCUUAACACCUGGACUUUACCUGAUCCAGUUUUACAAGGUGAAGUAGAAAAAUAUCCAGUAAAGGUGGCCAAGAGCCCUGAGUCCAGAGCAGCCCAUUAAGAAGCACUAUUCCUACCAAAUGCUGCUAAUGUCAAUUUACAAAUAUACUUAGAAAGCACAUUAUGGACAUUUGUAUUCUUGUGAAUGUUUUUGAGGUGUGCCCUAAACCCCAGAUCCUUGAGGGCUUUCUCUUACCAACUUUCCUUUCAGAGCCUGCUUGUUGGAGAUUCUUCCCCAGCCCCCUUCCCCUUUCCCUCUUGCUCUGCCCCACCUCGCUCCACCCAGCUUGCUCCAGCCCAAAGAUUCUUUAUUUGUUUCUCAUUACCGAAGGUUGUGAGCCACCAUGUGGUUUCUGGGAUUUGAACUCAUGACCUCCGGAGGAGCUGUCAUGCUCUUAACCAGCCCAUGUUGAAGAUUCUUUUGAUAAAUAUUCACAAAAAAUAAAGAUGAGCCAUGAGCUGUUGGCCUCUUCGGAAGCGGAAACUGAGUGAUUUGAUUGAACAUCCUUUUAUCUUUGACCAGACCUUGGAAUGAAUGCAAUGACCUUUCCCACAGGAAGAAGGAGGAGCUCUCAGUCAAACUGUAAAGAAUGCCUCUUCAGAAUAUGCUGUCAGUGCUUGGAUGCCAUGAUGUUCAACUUUCUUAGUCGAUCCGGCAGCAAUCACAGUGUGAGCACACUGGGAACCUGUCCUUGCGGCCGCCGAGAUCUACCGUGUGCUUCUGUGAAGAGGCUUUGACGUAGCCCCUCUUUGAGCUCUUACACCAUGCUACUGACUUCUAGAAAGGCUAAUUAGGUCUUCUUCUACACCUAAUACCCUAAGUCUUACUGACUCUCACGGGAGAAGUCUCUGUGCUACACCUGAGUGGUCUUAUUGAUAACCCUGAUACCAGAUCAGGCAAGAUAAAUCCGUCAUAGCAGGCAUGGCUACCCUUGCUGCCACAGGGUCACAGCACAUAGCUCAUCACCCUGUUAUUCUUCAUCUUGCAAUGUGGUAUGGUUUUCCUGGUGAAUGAUCAGCUUUUGCUGUGGUAUUCUUUAUACAUCUGGACUUAUUAUUGAAAUCAAAUGCUAUAGAAUCAAUAGUUUAUUUUAUGUCUAUUUUUCUUGAUCGCAGAGUAAUAUAUAUUAAUUGUAAAAAAUUUAAGAAACAAAAACUAUAUGUAAAGAAAAAAUUAUAAUAUAAUACAGAGAUGCUGCUGACAGUUCCUAUGUGUUGUGUUUUGUAUACUGAGAUCAUGUGAUACGUAGGCAUACAUCUUCUUGGGUUUUUUUGUUUUUGUUUUUUGUUUUGUUUUGUUUUGUUUUGGUUUUUUGAGAUAGGGUUUCUCUGUAUAGCCCUGGCUGUCCUGGAACUCACUUUGCAGACCAGGCUAGCCUCAAACUCUUAUUCAUUUUUACUGAAGUAAUUUUUCUGUCAUUAGUCUUCAAGAGCAAAACUUUAAUAGUUAUGGAGAAUAUUGCCAGAACAGCUCAAAACUGUUUUAUUUGUUGGUCCAAUUUCCCAUUAAUUAGUUCAAUAAUAAAUAUCAUUUAGAAAUAA